CUCCGCACGUGACUCUGGGUGAAGUUCUUCCUGAGAGAGCGGUGCAAAACAGACUGACAAAUCCAGGAACGGAGAAUUGCAGUUUGUGUAGUCAGUGGAAGAAGCACUCCCCUGUAGAGUCAUGGCCUCUGCAUCAAUACCAGUCUACAACCGCUCGAAUAACCCCCUGGAGAACAGCUCUAGUCAGAAUGCAUCCAGAGAGAGUCUGAAGAUGGAACCACUGACAGUCACCUUACUGCCCGGAGAGGAGAGAGUCAUAGACAAAGACAUAAUGUACAUAUGUCCAUUCAGCGGACCUGUCAAAGGCAAAGUCUUCAUUACUAACUACAGACUGUACUUCAAGAGUGCAGACGCAGACCCGUCGGUGACCCUGAACGUUCCGCUGGGUGCCAUUGGCCGGGUGGAGAAGAUGGGCGGAGCCUCCAGUCGGGGGGAGAACUCAUACGGGCUGGACAUCACCUGCAAGGACAUGAGGAACCUGAGGUUUGCGCUGAAGCAAGAGGGCCACAGCAGAAGAGACAUCUUCGAUAUACUCUUUAGAUACGCCUUUCCACUAUCCCAUGGCCUGCUUCUGUUUGCGUACCUGAGUCAGGAGAAAUAUGAAGAGAAUGGCUGGAGUGUCUACAAACCCAUGGAAGAGUUCAGGCGGCAGGGCUUACCCACUGACAAGUGGCGUAUCACGUUCAUCAAUGACAACUAUGAGCUGUGUGACACCUACCCCACUAUACUGGUGGUUCCCUUCAAAGCUACAGAGGAAGACCUGAGGAAAGUGUCUACCUUCAGGUCGAGAGGACGCAUACCGGUCCUAUCCUGGAUCCACCGUGAGAACCAGGCCGUUAUCUGCCGCUGCUCCCAGCCCCUGGUGGGGAUGUCUGGGAAGAGGAACAAGGACGACGAGCGCUACCUGGACGUGAUCCGGGAGGCCAACGGCACUGCCAAGCUCACAAUCUACGACGCACGGCCCAGCGUCAACGCCGUUGCCAACAAGGCCACGGGUGGGGGUUACGAAGGUGACGAUACUUAUCAGAACGCUGAGCUGGUGUUUCUGGACAUACACAACAUCCACGUCAUGAGAGAGUCACUGAAGAAGCUAAAGGACAUCGUCUAUCCCAACGUAGAGGAGUCACACUGGCUGUCUAGUCUGGAGUCUACACACUGGCUAGAACACAUCAAGCUCGUCCUCUCCGGAGCCAUCCAGGUAGCAGAUAAGAUAUCGGGGGGUAACUCUGUGGUGGUCCACUGUAGUGAUGGGUGGGAUCGGACAGCCCAGCUCACCUCUCUGGCCAUGCUGAUGCUGGACAGCCACUACCGCACCCUCAGGGGCUUCCAGGUGCUGCUGGAGAAGGAGUGGAUCAGCUUCGGACACAAGUUUGCCUCUAGGAUAGGACACGGGGAUAAGAACCAUGCAGACCAGGAUAGGUCUCCUAUCUUUGUACAGUUCAUAGACUGUGUCUGGCAGAUGACCAAACAGUUCCCGACAGCGUUUGAGUUCAACGAGCGGCUCCUAAUGACCAUCCUGGAUCACCUGUUCAGCUGUCGCUUUGGAACCUUCCUCUACAACUGUGAGAGCGCCAGACACACCAGCGAGGUACGGUCUAAGACAGUGUCCCUGUGGUCGUUGGUGAACAGUGACUCUACUUCCUACCUGAACCCCUUCUACACUCCUGAGUCCAGUAGGGUCCUCUAUCCCGUAGCCAGCAUGAGACACCUAGAGCUUUGGGUGACUUAUUACAUCCGCUGGAACCCACGCAUACGACAACAGCAGCAGAGUCCAGUGGAACAGCGUUACAUGGAGCUCCUGGCACUGAGAGACGAAUACCUGAAGAAACUAGAGGAACUGCAGCUCACUGACUCCUCACCUAACUCCUCCCAUCUAUCAAAUAGCUCUGCCCCCAAUGCGGCCUCGCCCACACAGCACAUCACGCACCUGCACACCCCUUUCUGAGUGGGGUACUCAAACACACACGUGAGUGUGUGUUUGUUCGUCAGGGUUGAGAUUACUUCAAUAUCAAUUCAGUCAAUGAAUCAAAGGAAAUAGAAAUUCCUAAUUUAAGAGUUGAAAAGUGACAUUUAUUCCAAAUAGGAAUUUUUCAGAUUCUUAAAUUACGAUUUCAAUUCACUUCCUGAAUCGACAUGUAAUUUGACCCUGACAGACACAGACACAAUAAGUUUUUUGUACAUAGCGUUAGUAAAGUAAUAAUGGAGACGAUAAAUAACAUGGAAAUCAUGACGUAUAACCAUAACAAAAACUUAACUAUGGUGAUUAUGCAAUAUGUCACAGUACAGCCUUUUGACAACUUUUGUAUAACGUUGUUUUUUUCCUGCAAAAACAGAGAAGCCUUAAUACAAAAUAAAAUAAAUACUCAGUG